AUGAGUGUGACAAUGACCGAGAUGCAAUCGUUUUAUACUCCGUCCACAUCUGACCGGAUAUCCCCACCAGCCCCGACGGCGAUGAACGAGCUCAUGAAUAGAUAUUCUUCGGCGAGAAGCAGUGCCACUUUCACGGGAGGCUGUCCACGCAAAUACCGCAACUUCUUUCAGCAAGUUGUAGAUCGCGUGGGGCUCGAAUACUACCGAUACGAAGUCACAUUUGGGCUCUACGUUAUGACGCCGGGCGAGAAACUCGUGGCAAACACCUGUGUUCUUGUUGUGCUCUCUCUGCUAGCUUGGGCGCUUUUUUACUUACCGGCCCUACUCUUCACAAGAUUUUCUACUCUUCAGUGGCUCCUCACCGGCCACAGCGGCGAACAAGUGGCGGCAUCUGUGGGCAUCCUGGCUGAACAUAGGAAUCUAUUUCCUACCGCGUAA